AGCCUUUCGACUCCACACCACCACCACAAAAUCCACGCUAUUCGCGCCGCGCGAGACGCGAACCGAAUUUGCGGCUUCUCCAGGGGCCCAUACGCAAAAAGGGGCACCGCCGCCGCCGGACCAAUCAGUCGCUCGCCGUCGCCGCCGCCGAGCGCCAUGGCGGCCGCCGGCGCCGCUGCGGCGGACUCCGUCAAGCAGCCGCUCCUCCUCCACCAGCGGGGGCAGGGGCACGCCGCGUCGCUGUCCUCCCCGUCCCUCCCGUCGGCUCCCCCCGGGGUCGCCGCCGCGGGCCCCGGCCGCCGCUUCCCGGGGGGGCUCGACGUCCCCAACCUCAAGAAGCGCGGCGGGGGCACGCGGAGCUGGAUCCGGGUGGACGCCGCCACGGCCUCCGUGCAGACGCUGGAGGUCGACAAGGCCACCAUGAUGCGGCGGUGCGAGCUCCCUGCCCGCGACCUCCGCCUCCUCGACCCGCUCUUCGUGUACCCCUCCACGAUCCUCGGGAGGGAGCGCGCUAUCGUCGUCAACCUGGAGCAGAUCCGGUGCGUCAUCACCGCCGAUGAGGUGCUCCUCCUCAACUCCCUCGAUAGCUACGUCCUCCAGUACGCCGCCGAGCUGCAGCGCCGCCUCCUCCAGCGCGCCGAGGGCGACGAUCUCCCCUUCGAAUUCCGGGCGCUCGAGCUCUCCCUCGAGGCUGCCUGCUCCUUCCUCGAUGCACAGGCGGCUGAAUUGGAAAUUGAAGCAUAUCCCUUGUUAGAUGAGCUGACAUCCAAAAUCAGUACACUGAAUUUGGAACGUGUCCGGCGAUUAAAAAGUAGACUAGUUGCUUUGACGAGAAGAGUUCAGAAGGUCAGGGAUGAGAUAGAGCAGCUAAUGGAUGACGAUGGAGAUAUGGCCGAGAUGUAUCUCACUGAGAAGAAGUUGAGAAUGGAAUCAUCCUUCUAUGGCGACCAGUCUUUGUUGGGCUACAAUUCAGUAGGUGCUGGGACAUCAGCUUCAGCUCCUGUAUCGCCAGUCUCAUCUCCCACAGAAUCACGGAAGUUGGAGAAAGCUUUCAGCUUGUGUAGGAGCAGACAUGACAGUGUGAAGAGCUCAGAUAACACAGCAACAGAACAUAUUCAAGAGCUGGAAAUGUUAUUGGAAGCAUAUUUCGUCGUCAUCGACAGUAGUCUCAACAAGCUAACAUCACUGAAGGAGUACAUUGAUGACACUGAAGAUUUUAUCAACAUUCAGUUGGAUAAUGUUCGAAACCAGCUGAUCCAAUUUGAACUUUUGCUCACAACAGCGACAUUUGUAGUCGCUAUUUUUGGAGUGGUUGCUGGGGUAUUUGGGAUGAACUUCGAGACUUCUGUUUUCAGCAUAGAGAAUGCAUUCCAGUGGACCCUCAUCAUCACUGGAGUGGUCGGCGCUUUCAUCUUCUGCGGCUUCCUAUGGUUCUUCAAGUACAAAAGGCUGAUGCCCCUGUAGAUCAUAGCUUCCAUAGGAUCAUCGAAUCUACGCUGUUCAGGUACCUGACCAGAAGCCUGAAAUUUCUGCCGAUGUAAAUUACCAUUCUUUUAGAAUUCUACAGCAUACCUACCAAAGAAAUUGAAUGAGAAACAAAAUUUUCAUACUACGAGGCCUCUACUAAAAUGGGGGUGGCAUAUAAGAAAUAAGAUUAAUCAAUCACAGAAGAAA